AAACAAAAAAAAACACUUCUUCCCCAGUCCACCACCACCUCCCCCUCCUCCUCCAGCGAGCGCACACGAGCGCAGGCGGCAAACGAAGCGAGCUCGCUUUGCUUCUCCCCGCGGCAACGGCCCCCCAGGCAGCGGGAGCGCAGCGACGAGCACCGGAGGCCGCGAGGGCGAGCGCGGAAGGAGGGAGGAGAGGAGCGCGCGGCGGGACUGGGAUCCCCGCUCCCGGCUCGGGCCCGGAGCCGGAUCUGCCUCGGGGCUCGCGCCCGCGGCGGGAGAUCGUGGGGCGCGGGGCCGGCGCGGCUGGUGGAGUGGGUUUCCGUCUGGCUGGGGGGCGCUGGGAGCGACGGCGGCGGCGGAAUGCGGGUCAUGGUAUAUGCUCCACUUGAUCUGGAUGGAAUUUGACUGCAUUCUACGGUCUCAGAACGAAGGAUAUCAUAUUAGCAGUUAGAGAGGCUUAAGAGGCCAGGAAAAAUGCCCCCGUCACCCUCGCCGAGGAGAUCGAGAUCGCCGGCACGGGAGACUUAUCACAAGAGGGCCAACAGUUUUGGGAGUGUGCUGCCUGCAAAACAAAAGGAUGAUGAACUCCCUUUGUUCUCUGAUAUGCAGAAAGUUGAGAGGGAGAACUUCUUACUGGAACCAUCGGAGGACUUUGAUGACUCAAUCGCAAAAUUGAGCUACUUCUCGGAAGUAAAGCUUGGUGUUAGCAUUCCUGCACGUGGAGAAAGCCACGAUUUGCUUGAUGUGGAUGGUGAUAAAAAUGAUUGUGAGUGGUUGUUAACUCCUCCAGAAACUCCACUUUUUCGAUCAUUAGAUGAUGACGACCAAUCUGUCACUCAGGUUUCUAGGGGCAGAGCUCAGACCAAGCCCAUACAGAUUUCGAGAUCAUCCACAAUGGAUAAUACUCAAAGAGCUAGAAGCAGUGCAAGCCCAAGUAGGCUUAGCCCAUCUCCACGCUCUAUGGCAAGGACAAGAUCAUCUAGUUCAGCCUCUCGCUCUAGCCCACCACCUUCUCUUCAACCACCAACGCUGUCACGAAGAUCUUCAACCCCUCCGGUUGCUAAGACAUUAACACCUCCUCGAAGGUCUCCAAGUCCUGCCUCAAGAAGGAUGAGUACUGGUUCAAGUGUCCCAACUUUGAAUGGAACAAGAGGAUCUUCACCAGUGAAACCUAAUCGCAGAUCUUCUUCACCAAAACUGCAGGGAUGGCAAUCAAAUGUCCCUGGUUUCCCUUUUGACGCACCUUCAAACCUUCGCACAUCUCUACCUGAUCGUCCAGUUUCCCGUUCAAGGGGUGGAUCUCCUUCAUCUAUUAAUGGACUAGACAAGGGUUCAAGAGGUAGAAGACAAUCAAUGUCUCCCACUCCAUCUAGAAGAGCCAGUUCAUCUCACAGUAUUGAACGGGACCGAAUGAGCUCUUACAGCAAAGCUUCCGCAACCUCAUCUGGUGAGGAUGAUCUGGACUCUAUGCAGUCUGUACCAAAUAGCUACUCUAGUAGCCCAGCUGUGAAAAAGAGCUUGGCUGUGAUGAAGACCAGAACUAUUGCAUCAUCAAAGAAUCUGUCCAAAAAUUUCACUUCUAGCUCUGUCCCAAAGCGGUCAUUUGACUCUGCACUCUGGUUGAUGGAUCACCGCAAAGCUCCACAAGAUAGGUUCCGACCACUUCUAUCUGGUGUCCCUGCCAGCACAUUUGGCCCUGGCAAUGGAAAUAAUGUGCACAAGCCUAUGUUCUCACACAAUUCCUCUUUGACAACUAGCAGCAAUGCAAGCUCUGACCAUGCUGCCAUUUUUGGCUCUUAUAAGCAUGGCAACCAAGAGCAACAUGAUUUGGUUGAUGAGUGGGAAGCAGGUGACAGCUCUCGAGGUCAUGAAGACAUAUUUAUGUUUGAUAAAUUGGAUGGACUAAAUGAAGAAAACAUUCAUUACAAGAGCACGAAAUCUAUGGAGAACUCCCCAGUCAUAGUAAAACAUCAAGUAAGUGAUAGACAAGACUUCGACAUGGAAGAAAGCGGAACAUGUGAUCAGUCCUUAUGCCAUUCUAUUAAUAGUUCUCUAGUUAGCUAUGGUAAAACUGCAACUUGCGUGAGAUGUGGGAAGUAUUUUAAUGUGAUGGAUGUGGAUGGAGAGGGUGACUAUUGCGAAAUAUGUGCUUCAAAGGUUGGGAAUAUUUUCACUGACUCUAUCGCACAAACUAUAGAAGAAGCAGACCAGCUGGAUGAUAAAGCUGCAAAUUUGAGACCUUGCAUUGUGUCUGAUCCUCCUGUAGCCCCAGACUGUAUAGACCAUAGGAAUGAAGUCUCUCUUGAUCAUCAACUAGUGAACGAUGAACCUCACAAUGACUGCCUGGACCAGGCACUUCCAUUUCACUCAAUGGUGGACACGCCUCAGGAAAUGAUGCUGGGGCAGGAGGGAAAGAUUGACGCAGAACAUACAAAGCAACAUGUUGGAGACUCCGCACUAGGAAAUAACAUCAAUAUUUCAUUUCAUCAAUCUAGUGCGACUGACUGUCAACAAACACAACUAACAUCUGCGGAACAUGACCUAUUCAGAGACCAAAUAGACAACCACAAUCAUGGGUUGUCCCAAUGUAGUGAAACUAUCUCUGAAACCGUGACAAGUGAUAACUCUCAUCAACUGACAUCAACAAGCCGUAAGCUUGAAAAUACUUCCACUGGGAUAUCAGUACUAUUACUCCAGAAGUCAAAUAGCAAUAAAUGGCCUGUUGUAGAAGGGAGGACCCUGGGUUCUGCCAAUACGCUUUGUUUGGAACCAUAUUACGCAAGAGAUGGUGUCAAUAUAAUGAAGCGUAGCUUUGGACGGGACAGUUCCUCAGCUGCUUCAUCUAGUGAUCUUGGGUCUUCAAGGCAAUCAGUCAUAUAUUUUGAGCGCCUUAGGAGCGGUAAGAGGGGUGACUUUGAGAAGUCUCAAAUAAGCAGUACUAUGAGUCGUCAAAGCAUUGCUUCUGUGUCAGAUAUGUCAAUUAGUAGUUCUUCAGCUUCACUUUGCCCUCAGAGUGAUGCAGUAGGAGAUACUUAUUUGCCAAUAGACACAUUGGAAAGUAGUGCUUCAAGAAAAGUGACCCCUACUGAAGAAUAUGAUAGUUCUGGUAAGGAUGCUUUGUCAAGUGCUAUGGAGUGUUGGUCUGCUGCACAGGCUAUUGUUAAUGAUGGCAGCCUUGUUGACUUGAGCACCUCGAGCUUUAUAGACAUGGUAGAAGGAGAUGCAACAAUUGAGAACCAUUGUACAGGCAGGAUGGCUGACAGUGAUCAUUUCAGUUCAAAUAUGUGUUUGUCAGAUACUGAAAUGCCAAGUGACACCCAAGAGUCAUCAGCUCCAGAGGAAAGUUGCAUACGAGAAAAUGAAGAGGAUACUUCUGCUAUCAGUCAGUGCAAUACAAAUGGUGCUCCAGAACAUCCAAGUGAUGAGAACAACUUUGAUAAUAUGCAAGUGCAGUUCGGAGCAGUUCAGGGUUCAAAUGAGGUAAAUAGAUUGGAUGAUUGCUGCAUGUCUGCCAUCUCCGAGGAGGAUGUGUUGAUUUCUGAACAAAAAACUAACAUAAUGAAACUUCCUAAUGAUGAAGAAUCUUGUGAGGCAGUAGACGGAUCAAGGAAACAAAUCCAGAGAUGCUUCACAUUAGAAGAAGCUGCUGAUACAAUUCUCUUCUGUAGUUCUAUUGUCCACGACCUUGCAUACAAGGCAGCAACAAUUGCCUUGGAAAACGAGAAGGAAUCCGAAUGUGUUGAUUCUAUUCGCCCAACUGUUACCAUCGUUGGAAGAUCUGGUCAAAAGGAAGAUAGUUUACCAAAGCUGGCUCACAGACGGACUCCAAAUCGGAAGGUUAAAAGGAAAAGAUUGGAAGGAGAAACAACUACAACAGAAACUACGGAGAAAGAUGCUGUUGCUAAGGACUCCUCACCUGUACGUUCUGCUUCUGGCAUCACAAGGAAUUCUGAUAACAUGAAGCCUCCCAAGCUGGAGUCCAAGUGCAACUGUAUAAUUAUGUAA